CCUUUUUAAAGAUUUGCUAAUGCGAUGUUUAAUCUCUGGAUGAUUUCAACAACCAUGGAGCUUCUUCCGCUCGUGUGUCUUUACAUCCUAACGUGGUCUGCAAGAACUGAUCAAACCGGGCCAAAUGUGACAUUGGAGGCAUCGGAAGGAAGUGAUAUUAUCCUGCCGUGUUCUACCAGCACCAAGAAAGACAUGGUGUCGGGGCUUUUUGACUGGAAGAAAAAAGACGGUACAGAGGUUUUCAUGUAUGAAGCUGAUAUUCAUUACAACAAUGGACGUACAGGCCAAGAUGAGCGGUUCAAAGGAAGAGUCUCACAUUUUCCUGACCAACUGAAGGUUGGCAACGCCUCCAUAGUGAUUCAUAACACAAAAGUCGAGGACAGUGGAAUCUACAGAUGUAUUUUUCCCCAUCUUCAGCCAAAAGAAGAAAAAAUCAUUACGCUUGUUGUAAAUGGAACGAAUGCGGUAACAUUGGAGGCAUUGGAAGGAAGUGAUAUUAUCCUGCCGUGUUCUACCAGCACCAAGAAAGACAUGGUGUCGGGGCUUUUUGACUGGAAGAAAGACGACAGCGUGGAGGUUUUCAUGUAUGAUGCUGGUAUUCAUUACAACAAUGGACGUUCAGGCCAGGAUCCGCAGUUCAGAGGAAGGGUCUCACAUUUUCCAGACCAAUUGAAGGUUGGCGACGCCUCCAUAAGGAUAAACAACACUAAAGUCGAGGACAGUGGAAGCUAUAGAUGUAUUUUUCCCCGUCUUCAGCCAAUAGAAGAAAAGAUCAUUACACUUGUUGUAAAUGGAACGAAUGCAGUAACAUUGGAGGCAUUGGAAGGAAGUGAUAUUAUCCUGCCGUGUUCUACCAGCACCAAGGAAGACAUGGUGUCGGGGCUUUUUGACUGGAAGAAAGACGACGGCGUGGAAGUUUUCAUGUAUGAUGAUGGUAUUCAUUACAACAAUGGACGUCCAGGCCAGAAUGACUGGUUCAAAGGAAGGGUCUCACAUUUUGCAGACCAACUGAAGGUUGGCAACGCCUCCAUAGUGAUUCACAACACUAAAGUCAAUGACAGUGGAAGCUACAGAUGUAUUUUUCCCCGUCUUCAGCCAAAUGAAGAAAAAGUCAUUACACUUGUUGUAAAUGGAACGAAUGCAGUAACAUUGGAGGCAUUGGAAGGAAGUGAUAUUAUCCUGCCGUGUUCUACCAGCACCAAGAAAGACAUGGUGUCGGGGGUUUUUGACUGGAAGAAAAAAAAAGACGGCACAGAGGUUUUCAUGUAUGAAGCUGGUAUUCAUUACAACAAUGGACUUCGAGGCCAGAAUGACUGGUUCAAAGGAAGGGUCUCACAUUUUCCAGACCAACUGAAGGUUGGCAAUGCCUCCAUAAGGAUAAACAACACUAAAGUCGAGGACAGUGGAAGCUACAGAUGUAUUUUUCCCCGUCUUCAGCCACCAGAAGAAAAGAUCAUUACGCUUGUUGUACAUGGUCGUUCUUUGAAGGACCGAACAGGAGAAAUCAAUGGAGCAGCUGCGAAGCCGAUUGUUGGGAUACGGGCUGUUACAAAGGAUGGGGUGCUGCUGAACUGUGUAGUUGCAGGAGCAACUUCACAACCUAAAGUAGAGUGGCAGGACGGUGAUGGAAACCGUCUUCAUGCUGAGGAGCCACAGGAGAACAUCCGCCACGUUAUUAGUGAUGAGAUCCAUGUACCAGAUCAGCUGUUUGAGUCCUGCUCUCCUGAUGUCGGUCUGAAGAUAGGUCUGGACGUUGUUAUUUUUUUACUUGGAGCUGUGAUUGUUGUUUGCCUACUUUACAUUAGACACCUCAGAAGGAAAGGUACCCGGCAGAAAGAUGGUGUUUUGGAGUCACUGAAAUCAGAAAAUCAAUGUUAGAACAUUGUCUACCAUUUUACACUCACACAGGAUGGUAUUUAAAAAGGGAAAAACAAGAUAUUUCUACAUACAUUUCUGAUAAUAUUAAUGGAUUAGAUUUCUAUAGCACUUUUCAAGCUACAUUAAGUGCUUUACACUAAAUACAUUAAUUAGUCAUUCCAUGUUUAUACUUGGUAAUGGUAAGCUAAAGGUGCUUCAUCUUCUCUGACCAAACCAAACAUUCAUACACCUUAAACACAGCACAUACAUACACCAUCAGUGCCAACACUGGAGGCAAGGACUGCCACCUCUAUUAUACUUGAGAAAAUCUGCCACUGACCCAGACCGUACUCCUUACUUUGUAAGAGGAUCUUCAGUACAGCCAUUCACUGAUGCUGCCACAGACCAGAAUAGAAAGGGAACUAAUUCAACAAGUAGAAGUGUUGACAGAUUCACUGCACUGUGUUAACUGAGAAGACAGAAGAUGAAGCAUCAUGUCAUCUCAUACAAACAAAAUCUGCUGAUCAGAAUAAAACUGAUUUUUACAAUUUAUUUAUGCAGCUCAAUAUUACAAUAACCAGCUUUCUGAGUUAUAGAUAGGUCAGAGCCAUCCAGACAGAAUCAGCAAGUAUUUAAUAAGUUUCACGGAAGAAAGUGUAUAUUUGAGAUUUUCUGUUUUUGUCUUGUUUUUUUAAAUGUGCUUUUUUAUUUUUACUUAUUUAUUUUUUUCUUUCUCUACUUUUAUUGUGUCUAGUCAUCUCUGUUUAUUUCCAGGGUUAAGAUUUUGCUGCGCAUUAAGAGUCAAAAUUUACCUGUGGUCUAAAACCUGACUGGAAGACAUUGUAGCAGUUGUUUUGUGUUAAAAAGUCAUGUAGUUGAUGAAAAACGGAUUUUUCGAUUAUUUUACUUAGAAAAGGAAGAUUUGAGAUCGGCCUGUAGUUGCUCAUUUGUGUCUCGUCUAGAUUCUCUUUUUAGCCGAGGUUUGAUUACAGCUGUUUUUAAAAGUUCUGGGAAGACUCCAGAUAUUAAAGACAAGCUGACAAUCUGCAAGAGAUUAUUGUCUAUAAAACAACAUUAAUCAUUCAAUUAAAAUUAAAGGUCUGUUCAGUUCUGAUGAAUUGAUAUUAUAAUGCAUCUUCUAAGCAGACCAGACAGCAGACGUAUGUCAGACUGCUUAUUACAACUACAGUGACUUGUGACUUGGACUUGAGCCAUGAGAACUGAUUUGACCUUAAGGCCCAUUUAUGCUUAACAUCAUUUUAGUUCAAAUAUAAUAAUAGCAAAGAAACCUUUUAGUAAUGACUAUCUAAUGACUAUUUUAUGUUGCAUUCAGUUGGAAAUGUACUGCAUAAGAAACAUAGUCAAAGUAUAUUACUUCAGAUUUUUUUUGUUUUACAACUAUCAAAUAGAUAAUUCUCAAACCAUUUAUCUUAGUUUUUAAUGAAAUUUAAUUGAAAUUUGAAAGUUUGAGCUCAAACACAAAAAAAAAGGAAAAGCUAGAGCAGAUAUGAAAGAAACGUUUAUUCACCUGUAAAUCUGUAUAUAUAUUUUUUAUGAAGCUAAACUUUGUCACGUUUUAAAUACAAUAUAUUUUCCUACAUAGAAAAUUGUGUUGAAUUAAAUGAUAAUUUACCUUGUUACUGUUAUGAUGUAAAUAGACUCAGGUUUUUUUCACAGAUGAACUGCAAGUCUUACUUGUUAGAGAUUUUCAUGAGGAAUGCCUCUCUUGAACACAAAUGUUUGCAGUGUUCAUUCUAGUCUUUUUGCUCUUUACUGCACUGUUUUUAUGCAUCUUUAUCUGAAGCAUUAUAAGAAGUUGUGUACAUAUAUAAUGCUUCAAUUUUUAGCAA